AUGGAAGCACGAGGAGCGGACUACUACAUGGCAAAUAUCAAGAGCUUCUUACUUCAAGAGCCCGAGCACUAUAUCGAAUUCCGCAAGUACGUCCGGAACAUCAUCGACUGGGGGAAGGACAAGCGGCUAAAAGAGAUCCGGGAUUCCCUGGACGGCCUUUUGGAGGAGAGCAGGAAGAGAGCCUCCGAGGCGGCGAAGUCUCGCCAACCACCAUCUGAUGGAUCCGCGACCAGCAGCGGCAAGAGGCGCAAAAGCAACAGAACCGACAGCGUGCAAGGACGAAGUGAGGAAACAGACGGGCCUUAUUGGGAUGAGCAUGAUAUGCCCGGACACGGCGCCAGCGAGGAACCGUCUUUCCCACCUGACACCGACGACAACACUGUAUCCCAAGACGAAGAACUUGCUCUUGCCGACUAUCUCCCACGGGAUGGCCAGCAAGGGAGAGACGAGGGACUCGGCCCCGCCGAGUACGUCCAUGAAGGCCAGCAAGAUCAAGACGAGUCCGACUUUUCAUCGGAGUUUCUCCCACCCACGAACGACUGCGCUCCUAGUAGUAAGCAUAAACGAAAGGCCUUGUCACCGUCUCACGCAUCAUCCAGACGGAGGAGCCGAGCGAAAGACUACUGGACAUUGGACAACGGAAGUGGCGAAUACUUUCACAAACACUCUGAUGGUACCAUCACCUGGCUUGAGGGUUCUGAUGACACAAAUUGA